AUGUCUUACUACUUCACUAUCCUCUCUCCGACUGACACACCAGUCUUUAACAUUGCCUUUGGCACUUCCAAAAGCGGUGGUGAUGGCAUUGCGCGGUUUCGCUUUCCAGACACAGCGCAAUAUAUGAAUCAAUUCAUCAUACAUUCCAGUCUGGACAUUGUUGAGGAAGCCCAGUGGACCAAUGGCGCUAUGUACCUGAAACAUGUCGACACAUAUCCUCCAGCCGCGGCAUACAUCUCCGCGUUUUUGACUCCUAGUGGCGUGCGAUUUCUCCUCCUUCAUCAGCCUCCCCAACUUUCAAACUCUGGCGGCAGCAGUGGAUUCGGUGCAUCAUCUAUCCUGGGAUCAUCCAGCAACCUUGCCCGGGGCUCAACCAGCUCGAUUGCUGCAAAUCCGACCUCUCCCCAGACGGAAGAGGCUGUCCGACAAUUCAUGACCGAAGUCUACGAGAACUACGUCAAGACGGCGAUGAGUCCAUUUUACAAGCAAGGAGCCGAAAUCCGUAGUCCUGUCUUUCGAACGCGGGUCACGGCUGCAGGGAAAAAGUGGCUCUGA